AAGCAAUAUAAACUAGGCUGUUCAGGUUAAUAUAUGACUGGAGCCAUAAAAAUGUUUUGGGAUAAGAUUCUUGUGAUAUUUUUCACUUUGGCCCCUUGGAAAUGUUAAGUGGGUAAUGUCUCUGUAUUCGCGCACAAUUACAAACAUGUCAAUGCUGCUGAGUUCUUUUCGUAGUCAUUUCUUCAAACAGUUGGCGUGCACUUCCUUCUCGUCGAUUCGUGGCACAGCAAGUCUCGCUUCUGGUUCCAGUUCUAUAUUAUUUGGUUCAACCAAAGAUUACCCAUCAAGAAAUUUGACAGAUUUCUUGAAUUUGAGUUCAGUUCAUGCAGCAUUCUCUACAUCUUCUUCUAAUUCUGAAAGUCCGACAACUGGUUCGUACCUCUCUGUCGACAUACAAUGUCGUCAAGAUGUUGCAGAUAUGCUUUCGGAAGCUCUUUUAUGUUUUGGUGCUACUUCCACAACCAUGGUCGAGCCAGACACCUGCGACUCUAAUGACGAGGUUUCCAUUGGUUCGAUCUUCUUGGUAUCUCAAGACGUCCAUCAAAGUAUCACAUUCGCAGCUAAUUCAAUAGGUUUGAAAGAAACACCCGUUUACAAAGUCACAACAGGCUACCAAUCUGAUUGGAUCGAAAAUUCUCGAGAAUCAUUCCAUCCCAUUGAAGUUAAAGAAGGAGUUUGGAUUAUACCCGAGUGGAUAACACCCCCAGAUCUUCAAGCUACAAUCAUAACUCUAAACCCUGGCUUAGCAUUUGGAACAGGAGAUCACCCUACUACAAAAUUAUGUCUAUUGCUAUUACAUGAUUUAAUCAAAGGGGGAGAAACAGUUCUUGAUUAUGGCACAGGUUCUGGGAUUCUUGCGAUUGCAGCAUUAAAGUUUGGUGCAGCGAAAUCAGUUGGAUUUGAUAUAGAUCCUCAAGCAAUAACAGCCGCACAUUAUAACGCUGUUCUGAACAACAUAGGACCCAAGAAUUUGGAAUUGCGGCUUGUUCCUAGUAAUCCUAACGACACCGGUUCUUCAAGAGAGGAAUGGAAUUGGGCUAUGAAGAGUGAAGAGGAAUUAGAUGGGAAUGGAAUCAUCGAUGAGAAAGAGAAAUACGAUGUCGUUAUUGGGAACAUUCUUUUGAACCCUUUGUUAGAUUUGGCAGAUGAGAUUGUUUCUUAUGCGAAGCCUGGUGGUGUGGUUGGUCUUUCUGGGAUUAUCUUGGAACAGGUAUCAACUGUUGUAGAUCGAUACUCGAAUCUUCUAGAAGGUGUGACUGUCUCAAAGAUUGAUGACUGGGCUUGCAUACGUGGCACAAAGAGAAAUGCUUAGGUGGAGCAUGCAUGGAUCAGUUAUCAAGAAUGAAUGAGUUUUCGUACACGUGUUUUUGAUGUAUUAACUUUUUUCAAUUUCAAUGUUCUUAAUGACAUGGAGACAUAAUGUUUUUCCUUUUUUCGACAUAUAAUGAAACAAAAAAU